AUGAAACUGCUCUCGUUUUUCCUCUCUGCAAUAGCAGUUUCAGCCGAAAGCACCGAAUUCCUCCCAACUCCAAGAGAUUUCUGGCCAUGGACCAACAAAACGAUCCCCGCACAAUUAGCAACAGGAAAUAUAGAGGCCAACUUCGUAUCCACAAAGUUUGGAAUUGACGCCCCUCAACUAUCUGCUGUGAACAGUACCUCGUUCGAGUUGUGGUAUUUCGAUGCCAUCUCCGAUGAUUCUCUGAGCUCUGUGACGGUUAUCUUCUUUGCGAGUACUGAAACUGCAUUUCCGUUGCUAUCAUCGCCAACUAUUACGACUUCUAUUGUGCUCAAUUACCUGUUUCCUAAUGGGACGAGAGGAUAUCAUGAAUUGUACGCGGAGGAGGCGGUUGUUGAGACUGUUGGUUCCGGAUCGUCUGGAAACUGGUGAGCUUAUUUGGUUGGGUUAUCUUAUUUUGAUUGCUUUUGAGAGUCGUGGAUAUAAUCGCUUCAUGAUUAUAUGGGUUAUGAAAGCCCUUCUUAAUGUGUUUCUUCUCUGUCCUCUUUAAUACUGUCGUUAUUUAGUUGAUACUUAGCAUGAUCAUGAAACGAAAUGAUUCAAAAAUAGAGUAGGAACUGGCAUAUCAUGGAAAGGAAGCCCAGAUCUCUCAUCAUAUAACAUCACAAUCGACAACCCAACCAUCGGUAUCAAAGGGACAAUUAAUCUAAUAACACAAUCACCUGCACAUUACCCAUGCAGUCCUGAUGAAGCAGACCAAACCAUGAUUGUAGCUCCUCAUAUCGGCUGGUUAAAUGCUGUCCCAGAUGCCGAUGCAAAGGUUGACCGGGAUAUUAAUGGAAGCAAACUUGUAUUUGAUGGAACUGGGUAUCAUGACAAGGUAAGUAUUCGCAUUCGAUAUAAUGGAAUGCUGUAACUAAGUCGAUUCAUCAUAGAAUUGGAGCGACCGGCCAUUUAACAGCAGCAUCAAAUCAUGGUACUGGGGCCGCGGCCGAAUCGGACCCUACAAAAUCGUCUGGAUCGAUGGUGUGCCAGUAGAAGGCGAGGAAUUCUUUUCAGCCUUCGCAUCAAGAGACGGCCUAAUAAUGGGCAGCACAUGUUCAUUUGCAACAUUGGUAGUUAGACCUUUAGAGUCGUUGUAUACACCCUCCUUAGAGACUUCUGAGCCAAAGGGCUUUUCGAUAGUGAUGGACUUGGGCGAUGAAGGGAUAUUGGCAGCUAAUAUAACCGCUAUUAGAACCUUGGUGGAUGCUUCUCCGAUGUAUAGUAGAUGGGGUGGGUGUCUGGCUGGAGCCAUGAAUGAAGGAGAUGAGUUGGGGGGUCAUGGAGUGUAUGAGCAAUUCAUAUUUGUUUAG